AUGCCCGCGCGAAUGGGGAGCUCCCGCUCCGCGCCCUUCAUCCCCAACCUGCUCGAGGACCUGAGCAUAGACACCGACGUCCGGACCGAAGAUGUGCUGCGCGACAUCCCCAUCCUCUCCGACCGCUCGGGCUGGGACAUGUGGCUGCAGCGCGUCGAGACCGUUGCGAGGCUCGGCGGCAUAUGGGAAUACGUCAAUCCCAGAGGCGCCAGGCAGCUCCAGGAGCCUGUCCGGCCGGAACCCCCAGUCCCCCCCGCCUUUGACACAUUCGCAGGCCGCCGGAGAAACGAGUCAGACCAAGACUUCCAAGCUCGCUUCCUCGAACACAAGCUCACGCUCGACCUCGCUGGCCGGUCCUUUGCCAUCAGCCAGGAUCGCUUCCGUGUCGACUGUCUCGAGUACUCGAUCAAGCUCGGAGAGCACGCCACCGCAAAGGAGGAGCUGAAUCAACUGAACGUGACAAUCUACUCGAGCGUGGCCGACGAAUGGAAGUCGCACCUCGCCGGCGACAAGGCCACAACGCCACGCCUCAAGCUCGUCACCCUCGAGUCCUUGAUGACGGGGGUCAAACCUGACUCCAGUCAACAAAACCCACCUCACCCGCAGUUUGAAAGACCUGGCUCCAGUCAACAAAACCCACCUCACUCGCAGUUUGAGAGACUGAUAGAGAAACUAAAGUGCGAGGGUCCCCGGGAUUGGCUCGCCUGGGCCUCCGACGUCAUCGACCUGAGUGAAGGGUGCGACGAGAUCGCGGGCUCGACCAUUUGCGACCAACUGGCCAAGGAUUCGUUUCUCGAAAGCGUCGAGCCUUACUAUGCAGACUUUCAUGAGCGCUGGAGCAAAAAGGUCAACGAUGCCAUUUGCUACGGAGAGGCCCCGGUGGCCUUCCAUGAGAUCAUCGACGAGUUCAUCUCGGGCAAGCUCCUGCCGCCGGCAAAGACCGACACGAUGCUGGUACGCAUGAAAAGCAAGUCGGUCGAGUCGCCUCCUUCGUCAUCUCGGUCGACGGAUACCGCAAAACUCACAUCCAAAUGGUGCCCGGGUUGUCAGGGCGUCCACCGCAUCAAGGGGAGCUUUUGGUGGCAGACCUGCUGGGUCUACCAUGAAUACAUGGGAGGCAAGACGGCGCCAAGGUGGUUUAAGACCAGAACAGACAAGCUGGAGGCUGUGAGAGACAGGAUGUUGAUGCAUCCCAAGGAGGAAGAGCUGGCCCUGGAGUGGUAUCUGAGCAGAUCUAGGUAG